CUGCCCUCCCCACACAGCCUCUGAGGCCUCAGUCCGCUUCACUUUCUGGCUCAUUCCCCGCUGCUCCCUCCCCAGGCGCUAAGAACUACGGCUGCUCGCUACACACACUCUUCCACUCUCCCGUGAUCUUGUCAUCCCCCUGCCCCAGCCACCGGGACCUGAGACCAGCCUCCCUUGUCACCACCCCACCGGGGGCCUUCCCAGAGCCUCCCCCACGCAGGCAAUGACGCCCGUCUCCCCCGUGAUCUCCCCACGCCUCCUCUGGCUCGAGCCACAGCAGUUACGAGAGGCGUCCGUGUGCUCGGGCUGUGAGCCUCGUGGGUUAGGAGUGUUGGGAUUUCCGUUUCCAAACCCGCGGCACCCACGGCACAGCAAGAACUGGGCAGAUGUCUGUGGAACGAAUCAGUGCUCCUCUGUCUUGUGUAUGGUAGAGGAUUCUACCCACAGCGUUAAUUAAGCACCUAUCCGGAGUGUGCACGCGGAGGCCUUCACCGCCGCCGUUGUGGCUCCCGUGCCGACGAGGACCUGCUUGUCCGGCUGGCACAGGUGCUCACCAGCCUCAGUCCUCAGGACAAGCGCCGCGUUCAGGCCCUGCCUCUGCUCCACGCCCGGGGGACUCGCGGAGGCCCCUCCUCGCCCUGCCGUCCUCCAGGCCUGGGCAGACUUGGGCUCCCCUGGAGGAGGUGCGCUGAGCCCAGGAUGUGACAGGAGCUCGUGCGGAGCCACGGGGCUCGGGAACCAGCGCGGCCAGUGACUGGAAAAAUCGUCUUUAGAGGAAUCCCGCGCCUCUGAGAGCCCUCAGGAGCCCGCAGGCCACCGUGUGCACUCACUCUGGACCGGUUCAGUGACUCACCCGAAAAGGCCCUCCCUCCGCCCAGAGGUGCCCGCGAGUCAUGCCAGCGAGCCCCGGGCCCCUCCUGAUGUCCCUUGAGGCGUCAGCCGCCCCGCCGCUCUUGAGAGGCCCGCAGGCCCCACCCCAGAGCCCUGGUGCCAGAGCCGCCGCCUCCCGGCCAGUCCUGCCGUAGCCCCGGAGGGACGCCGCGGCCAGGAGCCUCUCCGGGGACCCAGGCUUCUCCUCACCUGAAGGACUGGGGGCCGCGAAGGGCCCCUCCACGCUCCCCCUGCCACCUCGCUGUGCGGACGGAACCAGGAGUGCUCCGGCUCCCCCCGCCCCACCACCCCGGGGCACCAGAGUGGCCUGCUUGUCCCCCAGCCUCCGCGAGGGCCGCUUCUGGAAGGCGGUGCUGCUGGGUCCGGGCGUCUCGGGCUCCUCCUGAGCUAACUCUCCCCACCUCCUCCUGGGAAGGUGCUCCCAGCCUCCCUGCGGGCGCGGACAUGGGGGCGCUCAGGCAGCUGGCUCUCCUGCUCUGGAAGAACUACACCCUGCAGAGGCGCCGAGUCCUGGUCACCGUCCUGGAGCUCUUCCUGCCCCUGCUCUUCUCCGGGAUCCUCAUCUGGCUCCGCUUGAAGAUCCAGUCGGAGAACGUGCCCAACGCCACCGUCUACCCCGGCCAGUCCGUCCGGGAGCUGCCCCUGUUCUUCAGCUUCCCCCCUCCCGGCGACACCUGGGAGUUCGCCUACGUCCCGUCCCACAGCGACGCCGUGAAGGCCAUCACGGAGACGGCGCGGAGGGCAUUGGUCAUCAACAUGAGAGCUCGGGGCUUCCGCUCGGAGAAGGACUUCGAGGACUACGUCAGGCACGCCAACGGCUCCUCCAACGUGCUGGCCGCCGUGGUGUUCGAGCACGCCUUCAACCACAGCGCAGAGCCCCUGCCGCUGGCGGUGAGGUAUCACUUACGGUUCAGUUACACGCGAAGAAAUUACAUGUGGACCCAAACAGGCUCCUUUUUCCUGAAAGAGACCGAGGGAUGGCACACCACUUCCCUUUUUCCGAUGUUCCCAAGCCCAGGACCGAGGGAGGCCGCGUCCCCCGACGGCGGAGAACCUGGGUACAUCCGGGAGGGCUUCCUGGCCGUGCAGCACGCGGUGGACAGGGCCAUCAUGCAGUACCACGCCAACGCCUCCACGCGCCAGCUCUUCGAGAAGCUCACCGUGACCGCCAAGAGGUUCCCUUACCCGCCCUUCAUCUCUGACCCCUUCCUGGUCGCCAUCCAGUACCAGCUCCCGCUGCUGCUCAUGCUGAGCUUCACGUACAGCUCCCUCACCAUCAUCCGGGCCGUGGUGCAGGAGAAGGAGAGGAAGCUGAAGGAGUACAUGCGCAUGAUGGGGCUCAGCAGCUGGCUGCACUGGGGCGCCUGGUUCCUCCUCUUCUUCCUGCUCCUGCUCGUGGCCGUCUCCCUCGUCACCCUGCUCUUCUGCAUCCAGGUGAAGCAGGACGUGGCGGUGCUCACUCACAGCGACCCCUCGCUCGUGCUGGUUUUCCUGCUGUGCUUCGCCGCUGCCACCAUCUCCUUCAGCUUCAUGGUCAGCACGUUCUUCAGCAAGGCCAACAUGGCAGCGGCCAUAGGGGGCUUCCUCUACUUCUUCACGUACAUCCCCUACUUCUUCGUGGCCCCCCGGUACAAUUGGAUGACCCUCAGCCAGAAGCUCCUGUCCUGCCUCCUGUCCAAUGUUGCCAUGGCGAUGGGGGCCCAGCUCAUGGGCAAAUUUGAAGCGAAAGGCGUGGGCGUCCAGUGGCAGAACCUCCUGAGCCCCGUCAGCGUGGACGACGACUUCUCCUUCGGGCAGGUGCUGGGCAUGUUGCUGUUGGACUCUGUGCUCUACGGUCUGGGCGCCUGGUACGUGGAGGCUGUGUUCCCGGGCCAGCUCGGCGUGCCCCAGCCCUGGUGCUUCUUCAUCAUGCCCUCGUACUGGUGUGGGCACCCGCGGACGGUGCUGGGGAAAGAGGAGGAAGACGAGGAUCCGGAGAAAGUGCUCAGAACGGAGUACUUUGAGGCCGAGCCAGAGGACCUGGUGGCCGGGAUCAAGAUCAAACAUGUGACCAAGGUAUUCAGAGCGGGGAACAAGGGCAAAGCAGCUGUCAGAGACCUGAACCUGAACCUGUACGAGGGCCAGAUCACCGUGCUGCUGGGCCACAACGGCGCGGGGAAGACCACCACCCUCUCCAUGCUCACAGGUCUCUUUCCCCCAACCAGCGGGCGGGCGUAUAUCAACGGGUACGAGAUUUCCCAAGACAUGGCUCAGAUCCGCAAGAGCCUGGGCCUGUGCCCGCAGCACGACGUCCUGUUUGACAACCUGACCGUCGCAGAGCACCUGUACUUCUAUGCACAGGUGAGCCGGCCGCGGAGCGGGCUCGAGGCGUCCGGGGCUUUCGUUGUCGGCGAGCUUGGGCCCCAGGGCACGGACCCUCAGCCCCCCGGCAAGAAGAACCCGCCGGGAGCAGCCAUUUGCAGGCCUGCAGCGGUGUUCCUGAAGCAGAAGUACGGUGCCGGCUACCACAUGACUCUGGUGAAGGAGCCUCACUGCGACCCCGAGGCCAUCUCCCGGCUGGUGCGCCACCACGUCCCUAGCGCCACACUGGAGAGCAGAGCCGGCGCGGAGCUGUCCUUCAUCCUGCCCAAGGAGAGCACGCACAGGUUUGAAAGUCUGUUUGCCGAACUGGAGAAGCAGCAGAAGGAGCUGGGGGUCGCCAGCUUCGGGGCCUCAGUCACCACCAUGGAGGAGGUCUUCCUGCGGGUCGGCAAGCUGGUGGACACCAGCAUGGACAUCCAGGCCAUCCAGCUCCCUGCCCUGCAGUACCAGCAUGAGAGGCGGGCGAGUGACUGGGCAGUGGACAACCACCUGUGCGGGGUCAUGGACCCCACCGAUGGCAUUGGCUCCCUGAUCGAGGACGAGUGUACCGCCGCCAAGCUCAAUGCUGGGCUCGCCCUCCACUGCCAGCAGUUCUGGGCCAUGUUCCUGAAGAAGGCCGUGUACAGCUUGCGCGAGUGGAAGGUGGUGGUGGCCCAGGUCCUGGUCCCUCUGACGUGCGUCACCCUGGCCCUCCUGGCCGUCAACUACUCCUCGGAGACCUUCGACGACCCCAUGCUGGAGCUGAGCCUGGGCGCCUACGGCCGAACCGUCGUGCCCUUCGCUGUCCCCGGGGCCUCGCGGCUGGACCAGCAGCUGUCGGAGCAUCUGAAGGACAUGCUGCAGGCCGAGGGCCAGGAGCCGCGGGAGGUGCUGGGUGACCUGGAGGAGUUCCUGAUUUUCAGGGCCUCGGUGGAGGGAGGCGGCUUCAAUGAGCGGUGCCUGGUGGCCGUGUCCUUCAGAGAUGUGGGCGAGCGGACGGUUGUCACCGCCCUGUUCAACAAUCAGGCGUACCACUCCCCGGCCACCGCGCUGGCUGUCGUGGACAACCUCCUCUUCAAGCUGCUGUGCGGCCCCCGGGCCUCCAUCGUGGUCUCCAACUACCCCCAGCCCCGGAGCGCCCUGCAGGCCGCCAAGGACCAGUUCACCGAGGGCCGGAAGGGAUUUGACAUCGCCCUCAACUUGCUCUUCGCCAUGGCCUUCCUGGCCAGCACCUUCUCCAUCCUGGCGGUCAGCGAGAGGGCCGUCCAGGCCAAACACGUUCAGUUCGUGAGCGGGGUCCACGUGGCUACUUUCUGGCUCUCCGCGCUGCUGUGGGAUCUCGUGUCCUUCCUCGUCCCCAGUCUGCUGCUGCUGGUGGUGUUCAAGGCCUUUGACGUGCACGCCUUCACGCGAGACGGCCACCUGGCCGACGCCCUGCUGCUGCUCAUGCUCUACGGCUGGGCCAUCAUCCCCCUCAUGUACCUGAUGAGCUUCUUCUUCUCGGGAGCAGCCACUGCCUACACAAGGCUGACCAUCUUCAACAUCCUGUCGGGCAUAGCCACCUUCCUCAUUGUCACCAUCAUGCGCAUCCCAGCGGUGAAGUUAGAGGAGCUUUCCAGAACCCUGGACCACGUGUUCCUGGUGCUGCCCAACCACUGCCUGGGCAUGGCCGUCAGCAGCUUCCAUGAGAACUUCGAGAUGCGGAGGUACUGCACCUCCUCAGAGGUGGCGGCGCACUACUGCCGGAAAUACAAGGGUGCCUGGACGUGCUGGCCCCAACAGCUGCUGCGUCUGCUGGACCCCUGCCCACCACAGCGGUGGUCCACAGACCUGGAAGACAGGCGGCAGCUCCCCUGCCCCGUGGGCCCGGUGUAUGAACAGCGGACGCCCCUGCUCGCCGUGGACAAGGUCUCCCUCGCGGUCCAGAGAGGAGAGUGUUUCGGCUUGCUGGGUUUCAACGGAGCCGGGAAAACCACAACCUUCAAAAUGCUGACCGGGGAGGAGACCGCCACGUCCGGGGACGCCUUUGUCGGGGGCCACAGCAUCAGAUCUGAACUCGGGAAGGUGCGGCAGCGGAUCGGCUACUGCCCACAGUUCGAUGCCCUGCUGGACCACAUGACGGGCCGGGAGACGCUGGUCAUGUACGCCCGGCUCCGGGGCAUCCCCGAGCGCCACAUUGGCGCCUGCGUGGAGCACACGCUUCGGGGCCUGCUUCUGGAGCCUCAUGCCAACAAGCUGGUCAGGACGUACAGUGGUGGCAACAAGCGAAAGCUGAGCGCCGGCAUCGCCCUGCUUGGAGAGCCUUCCGUCAUCUUCCUGGACGAGCCGUCCACUGGCAUGGACCCCGUGGCCCGGCGCCUGCUCUGGGACACCGUGGCACGGGCCCGCGAGUCGGGCAAGGCCAUCGUCAUCACCUCCCAUAGGUAGAGCCGGGUCUCCAGGGGUCAGUGGAAGAGCCAGGACAACGGCUGGCCGGGAGGGGCCGGGUGGACAGAAGACCUGCCAGCAGCUGGCUCAGGGUCUGGGAGGAAGGUCCCCAGCCUGGGCCUCGCAGGGACACGGUGUCUCCUCGGUGCAGGCAGCGUCCUGGAGGAUGAGCACCAAGGGAUGGUCCAUUACCACCUGCCCGGGGGUGACCUCAGCUGGGCCAAGGUGUUCGGCGUCCUGGAGAAAGCCAAGGAGAAGUACGCGGUGGACGACUACUCCGUGAGCCAGAUCUCCCUGGAGCAGGUGUUCCUGAGCUUUGCCCACCUGCAGCCGCCUGCUGGGGACGAGGGGCCCUGAGGAGCCGGCAGGGGCGGGGCAGGGGCGCACAGGUGGGCGCCCCUCCCUCCCAGCUCACCUUACCCUGCACCUUUAUUUCUAAUCACUGUUUUCUAUAAUGGACACAAGAAUCAAGGCACAGUAGGGACCGGGGCCUCGGUGCCCUCACGAGGCUGGGAGCCAGCAUGCGACCGUCCACGUCCGAGGCAGGCGCCGGAGCGCCGCUCUGGAACUCGGGACCGGGCCGGGAACGGUCCAGCAGCCCAUGCUGGCGUGCCUGGGAGUCUCUGGGCAGAGAGCCACUCAGGAAGGGGCUGCAGCCGACCCGGGGGCUGAUGAGCUCACAAGGAGGGCAGCGGGACAUCCCCACAGUCGCACACGGCAUGGAGCCUCCCCGCGGCGGCGAUGGGAUGCGGGCUGGGCAGCUGGGCUCGGGGCUCGCUGGGCGCCCAGAGCGGAGACAGAGCCGCCUGUGGCCGUCCACGACGGAGGUGCUGGAGGCACUGGCUGUGCCGAGGCUCCCGGGGGUCCUGGGAGUCCCUGCGCCACAGAGCGCCUCUCCGAGUCAGGCGGCCCUCGUUCCUGCGCCGGCCUUUCUGAGCAGCCGCCUGCGGGCGGCCAGCUGGGGACCAGGGUGGGACCACAGGACUGUCGUGGAGGGUGCACCUAACGUGCGGGGGCUCUGUCCAGAAAAUAAAGCCUGGGAGGGAACAA